AUGGUGGGUUCAUACGAAGAGAGUAUUCUCCGGGGCCGCAUGUCGACCAACCCCUCAAAACCACUGGAAUUUCUCGCCCAGAUUGGAGUGUUGGGCCUGGGCAAAUGCAAGGCUAGCCUAAGAUGCCCUGCCCAUGUGACACUUCCCUUCUCUGCUGUCUUCUACAGCUAUGCCAGUACUCCUCAGAGCCGAUCCAAGAGUGACGAUGGUCCCAGUCCAUAUGUCGGCCAGAUAGAUCUGGAGAACGGCCUAUCCAACCAGGAGGAGGAUGCGCGAAGCAAGAGGAAGAUGCAGAACAGAUACCCUGAAAGGCGACCGACGGACGAUGACAUCGACAUGAUCGGCCUCCCCAGUCAGACUCCUACUAUAGAUGCUCGCAAAGCCGCAAGGCAAAGACGGCAGUCUACAUCCCCAAGGGCUCCUCCUGGUGGAAGCUACCGCAUUCCUGAAAAGGGUCAACUUCAAAUCAUUAUUAAAAAUCAGAACAAGACCGCUGUUAAGCUGUUCCUAAUCCCGUACGACCUCGCGGGUAUGGAGCCAGGCACAAAGACAUUCAUCCGGCAACGCAGCUACUCGGCUGGGCCAAUAAUAGACAACGUGCCAACUCUUCAGGAUGCCAGCGCCGACAGGCAGAUUCUGCGCUAUCUGGUACACCUGCACAUCUGCUGCCCGUCGCGCGGCCGCUACUACCUCUACAAGAGCAUCCGCGUCGUCUUCGCGAACCGCGUCCCCGACGGGAAGGAGAAGCUCCGGAACGAAGUGACCUUCCCCGAGCCGCGGUUCACCGCCUACAAGCCCAUCCGCGUGAUGCACCCGCCCAUCUCGCUGGCCACGGGGCCCGGCGCGAUGCUCACCGCCGAGAAGGCCUACCGCCGGCGCAGCUCGGGCUUCUCGUUCGGCGGCAAGCUCGACCAGAACUUCGACGCGGAGCUGCCUCUGCCGCCCUUCUCGAUGCACUCGCGCUCCUCCUCGACGAGCCACCAGGGGUCGGCGUCUGCUGCUGCUGCUGCUGGCGCCGCGGCGUUCAGCUUCGCCGGGCACAAUACCCCGGUCGACCCCGUCCCCUUCAGGCUCCCGCCCGCGCGGAAGCCGCCCAGUGACGUCAGCGAGGGCAGCGAGACGACCGCCACGCAGAUGCAGUCGCCGACGUCCUCCAAGGCGAGCCGCCCGUCGACGCAGGGGUCUGCCGACGGCUCGGGCUCGGGCGCGGGCGCGGCGGCCGCCUGGCAGGGGAUGGACGGUAUUGACAGGCGCAUCGCGCGGUACGACAAGCUCAGCAAGGGCGAUGUUGGAUACGGCGGCAAUGCGUUUGCGCCGAUGGUCAGCGGCAGUCCUGGCGCGGCGGAGGGCCUCCUGUCACAGAGGCUGCGGUCGCUGGGCGUUCAGGGGCAAGGACAGGACGGUGUCGAUGGCCAGAAUAGCGCCGACAGGGCACAAGAGUGA